AGAUUCAUUACAUAUCUCAGUCUCCAAACUGAACAAUUGGGUGUUGGUUCCGAUAAGAUAACAGCACAUCAUCCUCCGAUAAGGCUAAAGAAAAGCCAGAAUACAGUUGCGGUUUUACGCGUUUCACUAAAUAAUAUGUAAAUAAACCAAUGCAAAUACACAUAUAGUGAGUGAUAAUGGUAACGCUAAAAAGAGUAUAUGUUUUCGCUACGUGCAUCAUAUCUGGCAUCGCAGGACUUUUUACAAUCAUCUCUCUGGCAACGGAAGAAUGGAUCGUCACGGACUCUGCGAUAUGGAUUGGUGACCCGGAUGCCCCGAAUAAGAUCAAGUAUGGCUUGUUCGAGGGCACCUUUACCAAGCGACUACCGACAACUAUUACGUUACAAAUAUCAAUGACGUGCUUGAUGAAAGAAAAUGUGUGUGCCGUUUUAUGUGCUGGAAGCUCGGAUGCCAGAUACGAACUGUUGAGGAGAAUCAAUGACGGUACCGAAACGUCACCAGAUGACGACAUCAACUGCCCAGCUGUCAGCCUAGUUAAUUCCGUUCCUCGCAGGUUUUCUACAAGGUUACACAAUAAUUCGACAGACACAAAGAAAUUCAUCAACUGCGGAGUAUGGGUAUCCACAAUCUUUUUCCUGGUACUUUCACUAUUUUUCGGGCUAAUAUCGAGUGCCAUGUCCAUGUAUAAUGUCGUAACCAAUCCCGUCCAAGUUUUUUUGAGCAUAACAGGCUUAUACAUAUACAAUGGGAUAGCCAUGGGUUGUUGUUUGAUGGCCAUGGUCUUAUGGGGCAUCAUGCACAUCAUCAUAACCUACCACAAUAUAGCGAUUCGCCCGACGUUGCUGGGGAUGAUGACUUCGGACAAGAGAGCUUCCCUGGGGUACUCCUAUUGGAUAAAUAUAAUAUCGGUGGCUCUCUAUUUUGGUAGCAUUUGUAUAUUGUAUACCCGCCAAAUGAUUUUGUCGAAAGAUCCCGGAUACAAAAUAGAGAAACAGGUGGAAAAUGCUUCUCCCGACGGCCUAUAUUUGUAUUGAUUAUUCUACAUAGACAAGACAGGUAAACAGCGAUACAGUCGAUGCAAAUAUCAUGACUCUGCCUACUGAUUAUGGAGACAGAUAAGAUGUGAUUAGAUUUACUGAAGGACAAUAAAAUAUUUCAGAAUGGAA